UGAGAGCGUUUAUAACAGCACGUCAGCCGCUGGCAUCAAUCUCUGCUCUCAGUCCGACGCUGCGCUCCGUGCACUGAGGAUACCCCGGUGCUUCUGGACUUUAGGGACGCUUUGUAACGCUUUUGCCUUGUUUUUGUGGGAAUUACAGCUGCGAGCAACAAACGCUGCGUAAAGAUGCUGCUGCUACUACUGGGAAUCAUCUUCCUGCACGUCGCUGCCCUUGUGCUUCUGUUUGUGUCUACGAUUGUCAGCGUAUGGACAACUGGACAGUCUGGAACUUCGGACUUAUGGCAAAACUGCUCUUCUACCAAUGGCCAAUAUUGUGUCCCUGCUUCAGCUGGUGAGUGGAUCCAGGCGGUGCAGGCCCUCAUGAUCCUCUCCAUCAUCUUCAGCUGCCUGGCCCUCUUCCUCUUCUUCUGCCAACUCUUCACUCUGCAGAAGGGAGGACGUUUCUUCCUCACCGGAGCCUUCCAGAUCCUAGCCAGUCUGUUUGUGAUGAGCGGCGCCAUCAUCUACACUGUGAUGAGCCCGGAGUGGGUGCCCUCUACAGACUCGUUCGGGUACUCCUACAUCCUGGCCUGGGUGGCUUUCCCUCUGGCUCUGAUCAGCGGAAUCAUCUACGUCAUCUUAAGGAAGCGAGAAUGAGCCCCCCGAGAGUUUGAAACCAACCCAAACCCCAAACGCCAUGUGACCCCGCGCUCUCGUUCAGGCCCUCACGCCAUUGGCUGAUUGAACGGUGACAUCACAGACAGGGGUAUAUCAGAUUCACCAUGGAAACCAUCUCCAAAACCCAACGAUGAAGGAUGUAAAUAGUAUCUAUGGUUUAAGACCUAUUUAUAACACUUUUUACAUAUAUGUACAUAGUUUGUGUUGCUCUGAUACUGAUGUAUGAGCUUUGUUUUAGCGGAUUAAGUGCCUCAGUGUUUGUCUGUAACAACUAAAUCAUUUUAAGCUUCCUUUCGUUUUUUUUUUUUUCUUUUUUCGCCAAAAAGUGAACUGUCAUUACUGAACUCAUUAACCAAAAUGCAUGAUAAGAACUACUUGUUUCUGGCGUAAUUGAUUUUAAGGGUUGCCAAGUUUUCUUUUUUUUUUCUACCUUCAACAAAAUGGUGCUAUGUAUUUAUCAUUCCUAUCAGUACAACAGUCACCGCCGCGUUGCCCUUAAUCUAAAAAUCAGACGAAAGUGCAAUUGUGUAUUUAGUGCUUUGGGAAUAUGACUUAAUAUUUUUAAUUGCAAUACUGUACAAACUUACGUAGUAGCCUUUAAUGUCAGUAUUAUCGCAAAUUUUGGAAUAGAUUUGAAAUUAUGAACUGUAAUAAUAACUUUGAUUCGGGCAAACUAUACUAGGUUAUACCAAAAAUUAACAGUAGGGGGCAUUCUAGUUGAAAGCCAUACCAGAUUAUAGAGAUGUUUAUGAAGUAUUAUUAUUAUUUAAAGGGCUCAGAACUGCAGGAAUCAAGCAACUAUUUGUUUAACAUACUUGAAGUUUGACGUGAUGCAGUCUCUGGCCCCAUGUGUUUCUGCUACUGUAAAAUUCACUGUUUAUAUGUCGCCGUAGUAACAGAUGUUGAUGUCAAAACUCUCACUCAAUAAAACUAUGAUCACUAUUUCUCGGCUUCUACGAUAAUGUGUUCGCGACUGCUGUAAAUGGACUGAGGCCGCACUAACGACUAACGCAUCGAGAUUUGGGAUUGUCUUGUUUUAAAUGGGAAUUUGCAAUAUUUGCCUGGAGAAAAUAAGAGAUCACGGGAAAAAAAUUUGUGAAAAAGUUGGUGAAUUAAAUCGUGUUAAUGAUCCAAUGUUGUUAUGAUUAGAUUUUCGUGUAUUUUGGAGACUAAUAAUGUUACAGAUGUUUCAAAAUACAGCUUACUUACAGUGCAGUCGUUUUAAAGGUGCACUAACCUUUCUGGUAGGGGGUCCACUACAUGCUUGUCUCUCGGGAGUGGUUCUAACUUUGCUUGGAAUGUUCCACAGUGUUAAAUGAUUAAACUGAUCAAGCAUUCA